AUGAUCUGUGUGUAUGGACUUUUGGAGAUUUUACAGAUUCUGCAUGGCAAAGCAUCACAUCACGGACGAUAUCUGAAUUUCAUUAUUAAAAGCGCCGAUGGAGCAUCGCCUCUCUACAUUACUACGAGAUUUGGUCAUGCUGAUGCGGUGCAGUAUAUUCUUGAUCGAGGCGCUGAACCAAAUUCUUCUGGUGGAUUUUAUGGAAAUCCCCUGCAAGCAGCGGCCUUUCAGGGAUUCCGUAGCAUUGUCGAGAUUCUGAUUAAAUAUCAAGCAGAUGCAUUCACUCCUGGCAAAUUUGACAGUGCCAUGCAUGCUGCAAUGGCGGGUGGUCAUGAAUCUGUGAUUUCUUUGUUAUUGACUUAUCCCGGGGUCAUUCAAUCAUGCGACCCAGAAGACCUUUUCAAAAAGGCUGCAUAUGGAGGCCACUUUGAGGUGGGUUGUGACGUUCUCAAUCAUUUGACUUUAAAGAAACACAGCCAAGUGAACCAUGAAAGAGGUGAAUAUUUGGGAAAGUUCAUCGGUAACUAUACAGAUGCUGUUAGGCUUUACUCAUUUAGUCAUACAAAGCUGUAUGCCAAGCUGAAUGGGAGAAAAUGA